AUACUGCAGCCGUUUUUGGAGCGCGGUGGGCGGGGCCAGGGGCCCCCGCGCGGGGACCGUACUUAUUCAGACAAACAACCUGAACGGCUCAUUCUGCACUCAUCCUGACGGAGGGACACCGGCAGCGACCAUGGAGUAUUUCUAUGAAAGCAUCGUUUUCGACAACAGCUCUGAAGGCAUCUUGGAUGGUUCUGGAGACUUUGAGUUUCCAGAGGAGGCAUAUAAAGAAGCCCUCAGCAGAGACUUCAAGAAAAUCUUCCUCCCCACCGUUUAUGGAGUAAUAUUCGUUCUUGGAAUUGUGGGUAAUGGAUUAGUGGUUGUUGUCAUGGGAUACCAGAAGAAAGUGAAGAACAUGACAGACAAGUACCGGCUGCAUCUCUCAGUGGCUGACCUGCUGUUAGUCCUCACUCUGCCCUUCUGGGCGGUGGAUGCUGUGAAAACCUGGUACUUCGGAGGCUUCGUCUGCGUGUCGGCGCAUGUGAUCUACACCGUCAACCUGUACAGCAGCGUGCUGAUCCUGGCCUUCAUCAGCCUGGACAGAUACCUGGCCAUCGUCCGGGCCACCAACAGCCAAGCCACCAGAAAGCUGCUGGCGAGCAGGGUGAUCUACGUGGGCGUGUGGCUGCCCGCCGCCUUCCUCACUGUACCCGACCUGGUGUUCGCCCGGGUCAAGAGCGUCUCAUCCCCCAGCUUCAGCUUCAGGAACGACAGCGUAGAGAUGGAGGACUCCAGGACGAUCUGUGAGCGCUUCUACCCGGUGGAGAGUCGAGUGGUGUGGACCGUCAUUUUCCGCUUCCAGCACAUCCUGGUGGGCUUCAUCCUGCCUGGUCUUGUUAUCCUCGUCUGCUACUGCAUCAUCAUCGCCAAGCUGUCCAAAGGCACCAAGGGCCAGACGCUGAAGAAGAGGGCUCUGAAGACCACAGUCAUCCUCAUCCUGUGCUUCUUCUGCUGCUGGCUGCCCUACUGCAUUGGCAUCUUCCUGGACACCCUCAUGAUGCUGAAUGUCGUCCGCACCACCUAUGAGCUGCAGCAGGCGUUGGACAAGUGGAUUUCUAUCACCGAGGCGCUGGCGUACUUCCACUGCUGCCUGAAUCCCAUCCUCUACGCCUUCCUGGGAGUGAGGUUUAAGAAAACGGCGCGCAGCACAUUGACAAUGAGCAGCAAAUCCAGCCAGAAAGUGAAUCUCAUGACCAAAAAGCGGGGGCAGGUUUCCUCUGUGUCAACUGAAUCCGAGUCUUCGAGUGUUUUGUCAAGUUAACUCACAGUCUGCGUGGAAAAUCUGGGAUUUCAGGUUCUCAGAGGAAAAUUCUAAGCUUUCAAGAACUUACUACAUUUUGUACAAAUGUAAAGGAAAAAAAAGAGUUUUUAUACACGUUGACUUGGAUGCCCUGAAAACUGCAGCUGAGUGUUUUGUUGUGGAUUUUGAAGCAAUAAUUUUGGUUUUACUGAUUGUGACCUUUGGCUUUGCCUCGAUUCUGUUCAAUCGGUCUCUCAACGUCGUUCCGUUACUGCUGUUCAGAGUCUGUGGGGUUUGCCAAACCUGUAGCUCCUCCUGAUCAGCCUGUACAUAGUCUGUAGCAUGUGUGUAUGUUCGCGCUUAGGUUGUGUGAUUGUCCUAAAGGUUAUUUAUUGUUGUCAUCACACUGGAUGAUUGUAAAGAAAAAUUGUUGGCUGCUUUUUUAAAUGUUGGAAAAUGUUUUUUUUUUUUGUAAAAAUAAAAAGUUCUUCUCACAAAA